AUGUCACCUUCAAAUGCCCCUGGCACCGGCGCUCCACCCCCGUUCUCCUCGACCCCAGACUCCACUUCGGCGACUACGACGGCAAUAAGCAACUUGAUGCCUCCUCCCCCGCCUCUGCUCCUCAGCAAGCGCGUCACCGCUUUCCUCCACGCAAACCUCUCGCCAUAUAUCCGAACGGCGGCGCUGACCACUCCCGCCGGGAAGCUGCUCGCCCAUGCUAGUAACGGGCUGAGUGCCAGUGCACUGAGGCGACAAUGUGCCGUGGCCGCUUCGCUUUGGGGGCUCCAUCACCCAUCAGGCUCUGAAUAUGGUGGUGGUGGAGACGCGCAUGGGGCGGGGGACCACCAUGUGAUUGGGAGUCCAACAGGGAGCACAGCAAGUCAGAGCACGGUUGGGACUACGAGGGGGGGCGCCGCAGGAGGAGGCGGGCUAAGAGCGCGGCCAGUGCCUGGACAGGCGGUCACGGUGCAAAUGGACAACGGGCUGGUGUUUGUGAUUAGGAGGCUGAGGUGCGGCAUGCUGUUCAUAUGCAUGGGUGGUGAAGAGGGACACGGCAAUGGGAAACAGCCAGGGGAGACGGAAGCGAAUGGGGAGGGGCUGCCCACACCACAUCUCGACCCCGGUCACCAACAUCAUCUCCCCUUGCGCGCGGGACCACAUCGGACACCCACAUCAUCCUCAGCGAUAUCGGCGAGGUCAAAGAGGGAAGCGGAUCUCUCCGGGGAAAACACGCCUCUCAGCACAUCUACCAACACGGGGCCUUCUGCAUCGACCAGCCAAAGCAGCAACACCAACGCAGCGAACAGCGCCACGGGGGCAGCCCGGGGCCCAUCGGCAUCGAGUGUCAGGGCGAUGAGGAGGCAGGUGGAGGAAUUGGCGCGUUGGCUGGAUGAGCGGUUAGGCACGCUCUAUGUUCCGGAGGAAGGUAUCGGUCUUGGAUUCGGAGGGGCUCCUGGAGUGGAGCUGCGCUAGAAACAGCACAAAUGACUUGAUAAAUAACGACUUGGCAAUGAGGCGCACAUUCGAAUACCAUGGUUUUUGCAGUUACAUAAUAUCUUAAUAG